CAGGCUGUGACGGCUGGAGUCCCCCUUCCAGGCUUUGCAGCUGCUGUCUCUGGGACCACCCUCACUUCCUCUUCUGGUCUGCAUGCUUUCCUCCCCUCCCUCCAUGGCUGCCCCGCCCCAUCCUUUCCCAGGUUCCACCUGCCACCCAGCCUUGCACAGCUCUCCCCACGGGUUACAGUCAGCUCCUGUCCCCCCUCAGCCCUGGACCUGGGGUGCAAAGCCCUGAGACGUCACACCCUCCCGGCUAACCGUGAAGGUGGACCUCCCCCUAAAGGUUCUCUUUUACUUUCACUUUGGUCUACAAUGGCGGCGAGGACGUCGAAUUCUGGAGGUUGUUGUGCAACCGGGGGUCCAAGACGGGUAGCCAGGGGCUGAGGGGGGCUGAGGAGGGACAUGGAGCCUCUGCAGGGCUGGGAGUCUUUCCCCGGGAGCCCCGCACCCCAGCCAGACAUCCUGAGACUGGCACUGUACUUCCUCCUCUUGGUACCCUGCCACUUCACCCUGUCGCUGCCCCUCUGCAAAGAGGAGGAGUACCCGGUGGGCACUGAGUGCUGCCCCAAGUGUAGCCCAGGUUACCGGGUGAAGCAAGCCUGUGAUGAGGCAACUGGCACAGUGUGUGUACCCUGCCUCCCGGGGACCUACACGGCCCACCUCAAUGGCCUAACAGAGUGUCUGCGGUGCCGAAUCUGUAACCCAGCCAUGGGCCUCGAGACCCGGCAGAAGUGCUCCACCAUAAAGGACACUGAGUGUGGCUGCCCCCGGGACCACUUAUGCGUGAGAGAGGACACAGACCCCUGUGCCAUGUGCCAGCCCCUGGAAACGAAAGGCUCUGAGAAGAAGGAUACAGGGUGUAACAACUGCCCGCCUGGGACCUUCUCUCCCCUGGAGACCCUGGAAGAGUGUCAGCCCUCGACCAACUGCAGUGGCUGGUUGGAGACGGAAACCAGGCCUGGAACCUGUACCACUGAAGGUGCAUGCUUCUCCUGGCUUAGUCUUAUUUUGGGCCUCAGCAUCCCUUGUGUUAUAAUUUUUGGCCUCGUGAUCUGGUACCUGAAGAAACAGAAAAGGCCAUCUGGGGGUCUGGCCAAGAGGAUGUCCUUUUUCCAGAGGUGGAUAAGACGAGAUGCUGAAAGGGACACUACAGUCUCGGAGGCCCUGCAGGUUGGGCUAGAUGUCACCACAGUGGCUGUGGAGGAGACGGUGAGAGAGGACACAGCCAGCUGCUUAACGCCCCAGGACCUAGAUAUGGAGAUAGGCCUGGAGUCACGAGGAUGACAGUGGUUGCUCCUCUCUGUGUGGGCAGCACCCAGGCGCCAGGAAAGCUUGGUGGGGACCUGCCUGGGGCUGGCUGCAACUCUGCUGCAGAGAGAAAGACAGGGUCACGGUUCAGGUGACACGUGUAACACCACCCAUCUACUUUAUCAAUGAUAUAAGGUGCCAAGAUCCCUCCUCCAGCCCCGCCCUGACCAAGCACCUCUGGGACCAGCACUCUAGGAGCCCAGCGUCCCACCAUGCCUGCCCAGCCCUGCCUGCUGCACAGCUGCCUCCACAGACCCCAGCAAACCCAGGACUGCCUGGCCCCGAUCCCAGCUCUCUGCCUUUUCUGAUUCCCCUCUGAGCCUCAGCUUGCUGGUCUGUGGGAUGGGCCUGUGGGGACCUACCUCACGGGGCUGGGACAGUACUAGAUAGCAUUAUAUGAAUGCUAUGCUUUAAAGUAAUUUUCUAAAUUGAAUUUGUGUUUGGCAUUUUUUCCCCUGUAGUAAUAAAUGCAUAUCUUGUGGAGAGAUGCUUUGAGAUCAUGUAAAUAUCCUGUUUCUCAUCCAACUUUCACCCAUUGAUGAUUCUUGCCUGAAACAAGAAUUAUUAGUGGUUGUGUAACGGCAAUGUUCUAGUUCUAUCAUCCUUGGUACAUUAGUUAGUGGAAGUUCUAUUGGAAGGAUGAGCUUCCCGUCUUCUCCAUUUUCUUACUUAUCUCACGAUGACCUCAUGGUUUCUUACUUUGGUCAAUGGGUUCUAAUCCAUUACUAUCAUUAUUUAUUGGGUGCCCAGGUGUCCAAGAUUUGUCCAGUGGGAGUGCCUUCAAUUUGGUUCCUGGAUUCUUUUUGUCCUCCCUAGCUUUUUCUUUCUUUUUUUUUUAAUUGUGGUGAAAUACACAUACAAUUUACCAUUAAAACCAUUUUAUUGUACGACUCAGUGGCAUUGAGUACUGGUAUAUUUAUAAUUGGCUGCAAUAAUGGGCUCAAACAUAGCAAUGAUUGUGAGGAUGGUGCAGGACUGGGCAACAUUUUAUUCUGUUGUACACAGGAUCGCCAUGAGUUGGAACCAACUCACC